AUGUCAAUAAAUUCAUUGUCUUCACAGCCCCUCGUGUUCUCCAUUCUAUCAAUAUUUCUGUUAUACUUCCUCAUCAAUUGGCUUUUCACCAACCCAAGUACUAAAAUCAACCUACCACCUUCUCCACCAAAGCUCCCAAUUAUAGGACACUUGCACAAACUUGGCUUAUACCCCCACCUCUCACUCCAAACUUUGGCUCAAAAACAUGGACCACUCAUGCGACUGCAACUUGGCAGUAAGCAGACCCUCGUUGUAUCAUCCGCUGAUGCAGCUAUCGAGAUCAUGAAAACACAUGAUCUCAUCUUUGCCAAUAGACCCAAAUCGCAUGUAAACAAGAAACUUCUUUAUGAUUUUAAGGACUUGUCAGUGGCGCCUUAUGGCGAGUACUGGAGGCAGUUGAAAAGCAUUUGUAUGCUAAAUCUUCUAGGUGCUAAGAAGGUUCAAUCUAUUCGCGCGGUGAGAGAAGAAGAAACAGCCCUUUUAGUCAAGAAGAUCACUGAGGAGUCUUCUUCUUCUUCGUCUGGAGAAGUGGAUUUGAGCGUAAUGUUUAUGACACUCACGAAUGAUGUGAUAUGCAGGACCGCUUUUGGGAAGAAAUACAGUGGAGGAGAAAGUGGGAGGAAGUUCAGGAAGAUGAUAAGCGAGUUUGUGGGGGUGUUGGGUGGAUUUGAUGUUGGAACCUUCAUACCAAGGCUUGCAUGGGUUAAUCAUAUCACUGGUUUUAAUGCCAAAGUUGACAGAAUUGCCAAAGAGUUGGAUGAUUUUCUUGAAGGAGUAGUUGAAGAGCAUUCGGAUCCCCAUAAAAGAGGGAGUAACCAUGGGGAGAGAAUUGAAGGGGAAGGCAGAGACGACUUUGUUGAUGUUUUGCUUGGUAUUUAUAAGAAUAAUAAAGGCGCAGCUGGCUUUUCCCUCGAUAGAGAUAGCAUCAAAGCUCUCAUCUUGGUGAGUCUCUCUCUGUCUCUAUGUACAGAAAUAUUCAUGUUACACUCUUUCCAACAACUUAAUUUUUAA